AUAUGGUGUCCGAUAAACGUUCUGUUCCAAAUUUCAACUAAAAUGUUGUUAGAAACAGCAUAAUGUCGCUGUUUUUACAAAUAUUAGUCUUGGAAAUAUAAAUUUCAACCUACAAUCAUUGAGCAGGGCAACAUAGAAGGUAGCGAUCUCGCUACAUGAGUGUAACACUCAAGAUGAAGGAGUUUGAAUGUAUGAAGUGCAAUACACUCUAUGCGACAAAGGUGCUAUUGGGGCAUCAUGUGCGUAUCAGGCAUUCAGAAGCCAUGCCAUAUAAUUGCCAAUAUCCAAAGUGCAAAAGGACCUUCAGUCAAAUCAGUCAGUUGCAGAAACAUUGGAGGUACCACCGUGGUGAACAGCCCUAUGGGUGCACAGUAUGUGAUAAACACUUCUACCACUGGGCACACCUUGCCCAACACAAACGCAAACAUAAAGGAGAAGGACUUUUUAUAUGUCAGAUAUGUCUCGCCAGAUUUAUAGAGCAACCUGACUUGACUUUACAUCGGAUAAAAGUUCAUAAUCAAUUGAGGCCUCCAAAAACUAGACAACCUCUUGUUCUCAGUAUAAAGCAAAGUGGAGGUGAGACGUUAAAAAUGAAGUUUGUAGUGAAGCCUAAGAAAUCCUCUGAAGAACUGGAUAAAGACAAUCAGAGUGAAGGCAAAUCUGAAUGUAAAGAUCCCAUAGUAAAUGGUCUUGAUACCCAUAGCAAUAGUAGUGCAACAUCAGAGACAUUGAAAGAGGAUUUAGAGGACAGUGGAACAAUAGAUGUUACGGGCAAUCAUAACAAAGAAGUGACUAAAAAUCCCUUACAUAAAAAUGUCCCUUCAGAUGUUAAACAUCAGCCACCAGAAGUUCCUCCCAAGCCAUCCCCUAAUAAGUUUUUAAAGCACAAACUAAUGAGUAGAGGUGCUAGUUAUUGUCCACGUAAGAAUCACCAAAUAGAAAUACGAACUGCAAAAUCUCCAAUUAUUCCCCCUUCUCCUAUUACGAAGCCUAAAAGUCCCUUCAAAAAGGCUAAAAUUACAAAGACUAAAAAGGGGCCGACUGGAUCUGGUUUUGCUAGCAGGCGUAACAUGCUCCCAAAUAAAACUGUAACACCUCCAAACCCUUCUAAAUCAGUGCCUACACUGCCCAGUGAUGUUGCUGAAGAGAGUUUGUUAGACCUAUUUAUAAUGGAUGAACUGGAAAGUGAACAGCUACCAAGAGGGAAUGGAGUGUUGCCCCAUAGUCAUCCAGCUCCUCUUAUCCCAGCUAUGAAGGAUACCCCAAAGCCUGGGACUUCCAAGUCUGGUCCAAAACUACCAAUGUUUAAGACACCUAUAACGCUUAGACAGAGUGCAAUAGAACAGAACUAUAAAGAUGACAAAAAUGAGGACAAACCAUUACCAACCCUUGAAAGAAUAACAGACAUUAAAGGUGAUAUGAAGAGAAAUAGUCCUGGAAGUGAUGAUUCUGCACGAACAUGGGAAUCUGUGACUGUAAUAGAUACUUCAACAGAUGCUGACAAAUCAGCUGCUCCUCGCAUAAAAAUCAGAUUUGGAAAAUCUAACCACCCCCCUCCUCCUAGAUUAUCGCCAAUCGACACAAAAUUAUCACCAGUUAAACAUCCGCCUGUUAAAAUGCCACCUAUCAGACUAAAUCUUGGAAAACUCCUCAAGUCAAAAAGCAUCUCAUUGAAAAAGACAAUAGAAGGUGAUAUAUCUAAUGCUCCAAAAUAUGAAGCAGUGAAACUUGAUCCUGAUACAACUCCAAGCAAAACAACAGAUGCCACAAUCACAUCUGAUGGUGAAGGGAAGCUUGAUGCGCUUAGUGAAACACCAGUUAAGCCAGCUACUUUACCUAAUGAUUUUUCAUCCACUCCAAAAUCACCCAAUGAUGUACCUGCACUGUCUGGUCCAAAAACAAGUACCCCAAUAGCCAAAACUGACACAGAACACUCUGGAUCAGUUAUAAAAAGCUUGCUCCAACAGAAAAUCAAAGAUAGCUCUGAGACAGAACUUAGUAUCAGCGCCAUACAUAAAGAGGAUAACCAUGAGAGUAAGGUUAGUGAACCGAUUCCCAAAGGAAGAAGGGCACUUAGAACUCGUGGUAAAAAAAUCAACUAUAAUGAAACUGCCAUGUUUCAUGAACAUGAGAAAGAGCAGGAGAAGAAUGAAAAGAAAGAAGAAUCAAAUGAAAAUAAAAAUAAAUCUAUUGAGAAGAAAGAUGAUUCAUUAGAAGAGAAGAAAGCUAAACGGGAAAGUACACCAGUGCCAAGUGUGACAGAGAAACAGAGUAGCAAUAUACCAACUAAAAAGGUUCCGAUUGUUAAACUUGAUGACCUAUCUAAAACUAUGGACAUCAAAUUGAAGUCAGUGUGUAGUGUUGAAGUCAACAAAAUGCACUUACAAAAGCCAGAUAUAACUAAAGAAAAAGAAAAUGUCUCUAUCAGUGCAAAUAAAGAGCUUAGUGGUGAAGUUGAAUCCAAAGAUUUAGUUAUAAGUGAUGCUUUUACCAAGAUCACAAAAGGCCGAGCAAAAAAGGGGAAAUUUAGGUCAAUUAACAGCAUAGAUUCUACCCCUUUAGCCCCAGAAACAACAGCAGCCUCUGCUGUGACGGUUGAACCUAAACCAACAACAGUACCUUCAACAGCAAGUGAACCUGGCCUCAGUGCUUCUCUUGUGCUUGAUGAAAACACUGGAGAGUUCAUUGCAAAAUCAGAUGCUAAGCCAACUCCUGUAAUAGGAAAGAAAAAGGCAGCAAAGGGUAAAGGAAAGAGAAAGGGGGCAGUAGUAAGGGCAAAACCUGCUCCGUAUGUUGAAGAAGUUAAACCCCCAGUUGUUGAAGAGCCCUUUGUUAAUGAAACCCCUAUCAUCCCAGUCACUCGCAAUAGUAUUCUCCCCCUUCGUGGUGCUAACAAUUCCAAUGCUCUCUCUGGCUCAGGGGUGGCAUCUACCACUACAUCCUCAGCUAAUAGACUGAUUCCACCUAAAAAGCGGAAAUAUGCACAGUUGCAGAUUGAUCAAUCCCCACCAAAACCACCCCCAAAACCACCUGUGAUUGAAAUGUCCCCUGAUCCCCAUAAACCAGAGCCCCCAGCCCCAGCUAUGCCAUCUUCGGACAUACCAACCCUUAAGGAUCUUAAAGAUGCUACCACUACAGAACACAUACAAUUCAAGCAACACCCAGUCUAUGGAGCUCCUCUGGAAAGUGCGAUGCCAGGGCUAAAUAGUGAACAACAAGCCAUGAAACCUCAUGAUGAGUGCAAUAUUUCCAAACUUGACUCUCUCAGCAAAUCUGUUGAUGAUCCAAAUAAGGCUAUACAUCAAACAGACGAUCAGUUAUCCCAAUCCAGACUGGAUUACAGAAAUCAGAGUAAUUUCCCCAUAGCUGAAGAGAUGAAUGAUAUUUAUGGCAGACAGAGUGUACAGUCCAUGACUAAUUUAAUGAACCUAGGACUAAAUAUAAUUCAACAUCCCAUACAGGACUUCCACAAUAAAACAAUAGGUGGAGUAAAUCAAAAUUUGAUGCAGAGCCUAGCAGCGUAUGAGUUCUUGAUGAGACAGCAAGAUGUCAGUAGGAUGCACCCUAAUGCCUUGAAGGCAGCUAUGGAACAUAGGUUUAGGCUAGAAGCUGAACUUGCAGCAGUCAAAGGUCCCAUGGACAUCAGAGAGCUUAUGAAAUCUCAGGUUGAUCAUCAAUUUGAUGUAAGACAGGAGUCUAGAAGUGCAUCAAAUCUUAGCAUUCCAUCAAGUCAAGCACAACAGCCCUCUAACCAGGAACUUCAGAAUCUUCAGUUCAGCAAGCUCAAUGAGACAGUCCAGCAGACAAUACAGAAUCAAUUAUAUGGUAAUGCUCAUCCACGUAAACGAACAGCUGAAUCAAGUCAUUACUCUGAUCAAAGAAUGCAUUAUAUGGAGCAGUAUCGAAUGACCCAACCAUGGUCGGCAUAUGACCAAACAUCUCAAGACAUUGGUGAGUUAAAAUCAGCAUUUGAGCGUCGACAGAGUCUAGGACUUAAUGACCGUGAAGCAAAUAAAGAUGAAUUUCAGAAUCUUUUUGAAGAUGUAAGAGCAGAAUUGAAGAAAUUCCCAGAUGCACCUUCAUCUCCAAUGCCACCAGCCUCAAAAGCAUCACCAGAUGGUUAUCUAAAUAAACCUGUCAGUAGUUCUAGUACAUCCUCCCAUUCAGUCGAAUCCCUCUUGAAUACCACAUCUACACAGUCCGCAGUGACAUUAAUGAAUGCCAAUGCUCAUGCAGAACCAACUGUCUCCCAUGUGGAAACCCUGACCCCUACGCAGCCAAACGUAAACCUAAAUAAAAUAGAUACGUUAACCCCAUCUCAAUCUGUCAUGAAUAUUAUAGACAAAUUCACCCCUUCACAACAAGCCAUGAGUAAAUUGGAUACAUCAACUCCUUCGCAGCCAGCAGUGAUGGAUACAUUAAUAUCAACCCAGUCAAACACACAUGUAAAUGAAUCAUUAACUUCCACACAAUCAGCUGUGAAUUUGAUCGAACCGUUACCUCCAAAACAAUCAGCUACACAUAAUGUAGAGACAGUCACUUCUGUACAACCAGUCGAAAAGCCAGUGGACACAAUUACAUCUUCACAAUCAGUCAUGAACUUUAUUGAUCCUCUUGAUGAUCACCCUCAACAAUCAGGUAAUCUAAUGGAUACAUUAAGCCCCACCUUGAGUCCCUCACACCAUCCCUUGAACCUCAUGGAAUCUUUAACCUCAAUCCAGGCAAAUGAUACACUUCUCGAUAGUUUAACCCAGCCAGCUGUUUCUCUAUUAAACAGUAAAGACACAGAUGAACUGGAGAACUCUUUGAACUUCACAUUGGAUGGUAACAGUAUUGGUGGUUUAGUUAAGGAGACUACACCACCACCAACUUGCAUUGAGACCACUAGUCAAGAAUCAAGUAUUAGCACUCCUGUUUUGACUGAAACAUCUGUAGCACCAAGUGCCUCGGUUAUAGAUCCUGUGCCAGCAAUUGAUCAGCCUAGAGAACCUAAGCCCAGUGGUAGGUGGUCACCAAAGAUUUCUGCCACUUGUGAUCUCCCUGCGACUGCAGAGCCCAUUGUUGAUAUGGAUACUCCACCUAUAAGGCCUGAGGAGCCAAAGCCAAAGGCCAGUGGUAGGUGGUCGCCACAGAUCUCUAACCCUGAUGCUACACCAGCAAUGAUAAUACCUGCGGAGCCUGAGGAACCUCGACGAAGUGGUAGAUGGUCACCACAAAUAGCCAGACAUAAACCAGAGUCUAGCAGCCCUCCUCAACAGGAAUCUCUUACAUCUCCUCCCAUUACAGGCUCGUUGGAGUCACUCAAAAUGCUAGGAUUAUUUACAGGAGUCGAUUUCAAUCCUCUGAAAUCACCCACAAGAAAACCUGCCAAAGAGCCUCACAAUGCUACAGAGAAGCCCAAAUUUACAAACACUGGGUUAGACAUGGAUCUUGGUUUCAGUGCUGAUGAAGAAGAUGUAAAGCCCAGCAUAAACACCCCACUCUCCAUCAAUAUUCCAAAAAGGUCUGACUUGUUACAUAAACCAAAAACCAAAAGUCCAAAAAGUGAAACAAAAUCUCCUGGAAGUGGAGGAUUUCAGACUCAAUAUGAAAUGUUUGUACAUACGCUUGGACUGUCUGGGAAACCACCUCCUAAAGACUAUUCCUCAGAUGAAUCUGAUUAUAAGCCUGAUCCUGAUAGCUCCAGAGGUAGAAGGAGGAGACCAGGUAGACCAAGAAAAAACAAAAAAGCUGCUGGUGUCAUAAAACAUCAAGCAGAAAAAUCUCGAACUAAUUCCGUUGAGAAGCCCUGUCCAAAGAGCUUCAAAAGGAGUCAAAGUGAAAUUAUCCCUGGGGCUAAGAGAAACCAUAGUGAAGUUAAAAAUAAGCCAUGUCCAAAACGAUUCAAGAAAAAUUUCAGUCGACACAAUUCUGUUUCUGUGGAAAGACCAAUCAGAAAAGGGAGUUAUAAUAGUCGUCAUGGAUAUGGUAGCGAUGACUCUGCUGUCCUUGGUGAUUCUGAGAGUAUUAGUAGUAGUGAUACUGAGGUUUCAAAAACUAGUCACGCCAGUAGUCGACCAAAUAAGGAUUAUGGCUUGCGAAAAAAGAAUCGUCAUGUAUUACAGAAACUGUAUAAUGAUGGGGCUGAUGUAGAAAAUGACACUAGAAAACCAUCAGAGCCCACAUUCACCUAUGAAAUUCCAGAAAACUUUGAUAUGUACAAACAUUCAACAGUUAGUCGUAAAAUCAUAGACCUUCGGAAUAAAGUUUAUAGAUUAUUCUACACAGCAUUUCCCUUUCUUGAGUAUCCAUACAAUUUCUAUAAGAACACAGAUGAUGUGGAGUAUAUGAUGGAUAAAAUUGUACAGACAGUAUUAAAAGGAGAAAAACAGAACAGCAAACUGCCCCGCCCAAAGCCAUUUAAAAGUAAAGCAAAGGGCAAACGGAAGAAAGGACCAAUGAAACCCUUUGUUAUCCUCUGUGACAAACCUGAUAAAUGCCUCAAAAAUCUCCGACAGAAGAUUGUUCGGUUUCUGCAAGCGAUUCUUCCAGACCUUAAUGUGGAUUCUAAUCUCAAAGGACCAAAGGUUGACCAUCUACUGGAAGAAGUCAUAAGCAACAAUGACUGAUUUAAAGUCUGAUUUGGUGUUCAGAAAUGUAUUUUAGUUAUUUAUUACAUUGUUUAAAAGUUCUCACUGGCUAGUUGCAAAAUUAUCAUAAGAUAUGAAAAUACAGUAGUUCUUCAAUCGAUAUUUGCUUGAAAUAUAAUAAUUUAUUUGAAAUUGUAAUGAUUUUGACCUUUGAGAUCAAAAUUAAAGUUUUUAUUAGCAUUCUAUAUUCUACACUCACACAUUUUUUACCUCUAUAUAGAAAUUGUACUUAACAGCAUUGUUGUAAUUUCCCUUUAGCCUUACGUCAUACGACAAUAUUUUAGACAGUACAAAGACAUGUUUUCAUCAGAUAAUUUUGUAACUAGCAUGCUAGCCUGUGAUUGUGUAAAUUAUAUUUUUGCUUCGUCUUAUAUAUCAUAUUCCAAGAAGAGUUCAGUGCUUCUAUGUUUAGCCCUUACCUGUCUACUUCUGUCAAAAACAUAAGUUACAUUUUCAAAUUGCUUUCAUUUGACAAAUUGAGCAGGAAAAAAUGUGAAUGUCAACACCUAAAUGCUAGGUGCCAGUAGUUAGUGGUUUCUUUACCAGGUGGUUUACUCGAUCAAAUAACAUUGCAGAUAUCCCCAUAUAAUUCAGAGGACCAAUUUUCAUCUAAUCUUUUAGAGAGUUGUAACUUAUAGGUAGCUUAAAUUAUUAUGAUAGCACUUUGACUGAAUUUAGUAUAUUUAAUCAUGAAAAUACUUGUACUGGCAUCUAGUCUAUUCUGUAGGUAUAACUGUCUCAUAGUACCAGGUGUUACAAUGCCACACCACAGCACAAUUUCCUUUCAUAAAAUAACUGGAUAUAUUUUCAAGCGAUUAAAGUUUGAUAUAAUAUGUAACUUUAGCUACUUUUUUAUCAAAUAUCAAUGUAAUCAAAAUGGUUAAGAUGGUUAAUCAUUAUCUUUACAAAAUUCAUUUUAGUAAAAGAAAAAACAAUUACAUUCUGUUUUUUCUGAGUUUGAUUUAUAAAUUGCACCAUUUAGGCUUAAAUAUUAGCUUAAUAAUGUGUCCAGUUAUUUUGAUAUUAAGUCUCUCAAAAAUACACACACACUCAUGAUGAGUAUAUAAUAUAUAUAAAGAUUGUUCAAUAAAAGAUUGAAUUAUGCAUGUAAUUUCAUGGGACAGUAGGCUAUUGGCUGAAAGAGUAAUGAAAUGUCAUUAUGACAGCUUAUAAUUAAUUUAUUGUCUUAAAAGCCUUGUUGAACCUUAGAAUAGUCAUAUGAAAAAAAUUAAUUUGGGUUUGAUACAAAGCUCUUUUUAUUUGAAUAUCCAAACUUGUAAAAAUGUUCUCCUAAGCAACAGAAGUUUCAAAAGCUUGCUGGCUAGUGUGCCUUAUAUUUUUGAAUUAUUACUUUGAUAUAGUCCAAAACAUUUUGUUGAUACCAGUUAAAAAGAAAGGAUUUUAAAAAUCUUUUGAUGUUUGAAGAUGAUGGUGACAAAAAGGCAUAAAGCAUCUUUAAAAGGAAAAGAGGGGAUAGAGAAGAAUUUCAAAAAUUGUCACAAUUUUGCAAUAUUUUCUUUGCUCUCGUCAUUAAAUCAUGUAAUUUUCAACAAAAUUGAAUAUUUCUAGAUUUAUUUAAGAAUAAUCCUUUGAAUCUUAGUGUAUCCGGCAAAAAAAGAUGAAUUUGGAUAUUUCGUCGUCCGACUUCUUUAUUGAAUCAGGGUUCUUAAUUUUUUUAGAAAAUAAAUGAGGAUAGUGUGGAAAACAUUGGCAUGCUUUUUGAAAAUUUUGCUUCAAACAUUUUUAACUCUCUAUCUCUUCAAUUCCAUUAAGGACAGUGUUUGGACUUUGAAUAAUGAAAACUCUUCUUGUACGCAUUUU